AUGGCUGCGAGCGGAGCCACCAGGCCAACAGGAAAGCGGGUGCUCGUACUUGUGUUUGCAUUUGGGAGCCUGAAGGAAGGGAAGGACUGCAGACCCAGCAUAGUCAUGAUGCAACCAAAGUUACGAAAAACCCAAGGAGGGAAGCAAGAGAAAAAAGUUAUCCAUCCUUACAGCAGAAAAGCUGCGCAGCUUGCAAGGGAAGCACACAAACAGGAAAAGAAAGAAAAGUUGAAGACUGACAAAGCUUUGCGUUUGAGUAUCAUUGGAGAAAAAUUGCAAUGGUUUCAAAGUCACCUUGACCCUGAUAAAAUUGAGUACACAAAGAAGGAAGCUGGUGAACUAAUUGAAAAUUAUAUGUGUCGAUUCAAUGCUGAAUUGGAGCAGAUUGAAUUACAAAAUAGUAUUAAAGGUAGACAAGGAAGACAGCAUGGUUCACGGGAAACUGUCAUCAAGCAGACCAUAGAACGUGAAAGACAACUCUAUGAAGGCUAUGGAAUAGAAAUCCCAGACAUUAUGAACAGAAAGCAUCUUAAAUUUUUCAGAGAAUGGGAUGGUGAUCUGAGGAAACUGCCAAACAUCAAAAUGAAAAAGCUCUCAGCUAGGGAUGCUGCUUGCAGUCACCCUGAGGAGGCAGAUGUGGAAGCUAAAGAAGAAUUGAAUAAAGCCGAAGAGGUGGCCUAAUGAGCACCAGCUGAUUCAAGAGCUGAAACAGCUGAAUGGAAUUGUAAGAAACCUAUUUUAAUUAUCACUGCAAACAAGAAUAAAUUGUAACUAUAUUU